GGUUGAAUCGGCUGGGGUGAAAUUCGUCAGAAAAUUGACAAGCGGCGAAUUGUAUAAAGCAAUCAAGUUCGCUUACGGUACGCGAUAUCUGUGCGGAUAAAGAAAUAUUAAUCGUCACAUGAUGCAAAGUGCCGUGAGAUAAGGGCGAGGGUGGCAUCCCUGAAGGAAAAGGUGGCGAUUCGAGCGUAUUUUACGCGCGAUAUUAAACACGCGAUUCAAAAGGAUCUUGCAGAAAUGUGUGUUAGCGCCAUUUAAAGCACAUGUCGCGUGGAGACGCGCUUCUGCUCCCGUAGAUAUCGAACGUGGCGAGGGCCGUUUCGGAGUAGGAGUAUCGCCGUCGACAGGCCACCCGCGGCCAGCGUCGGCGUCGACAUCGGCGCCGGGUUCGGCGCCGACAUCGACGCCGCGCGAAUCGUCCAACGCCAACAGAUGUGACUUGAGGGUAACGGCCGGAGUGGGGCGCGAUGUAAACGCAGGUACGCACCAGGACGACGGGCAGUGGACUGCACGUGCCGGCGUGGGCGCCGGACCGAUGGCUCGGAGAUCGGAGAGAGACUCAGGGAGCGGAAGCCGCUGGAAGACGGUCGGCCGUUUUCUACGACGCUUGACUUUCGUCAUGUUCUUGCUGGCGCUUACAGCUGCCACCUUGGCUCUGGUUACGAUUUACAUGGGUCCGAUCUAUCUCGUGCAGCUACUUCUGGUGGUCUCCGUUGCCUAUUUCGUCGCCGGUGGCCGCUUACGAUGGUUCUACGUCGCCCUAAGAACAUUGCCACGUGAUUGCAAGGGACUUAUAGCUUAUAUUACAAUAUUAUUGUCAAUACGUGGUCAUGAGAAAAAAAAUAGAAACGUCGCUGAUAUAUUUAGAGAAUGGGUCAAUCGUCAUCCUAAUAAAGUCUGCUUUAUAUUUGAAGAUCAGGAAUGGACUUUUCAACAGAUAGAAGAUUUUAGUAAUAAAAUUGCGACAAUAUUCAAAACUCAUGGUUAUAAAAAAGGAGAUGCGGUUGCUUUACUCUUAGAGAAUCGACCGGAAUUUGUUGGAAUUUGGCUAGGUUUAAGCAAGCUUGGAGUGAUAACGCCUUUGAUCAACACUAAUCUUCGUAAGAGCAGCCUAUUGCACAGUCUCAAUAUCGCAAAAUGUCAAGCGCUUAUAUACGGCGCAGAAUUCUUUAACGUUGUGACAGAUAUCGCUUCGUCUUUAGAUGCUAAAUUGGCAUUAUAUAGAUUUGGGAGUCAUCCGAAUGCAAUGUCGGUUGGAUUAAAAGAGAAAGAUUUGAAUACCAUUCUGAUGGAUACAUCUGCAGCACCACCGGUGGUGCAAGAGAAAGGUGGUCAUAACGAUAAAUUGUUAUAUAUAUAUACUAGUGGUACGACAGGUCUUCCAAAAGCAGCUAUUAUUACCAACUCAAGAUAUGUUUUUAUAGCGGCUGCUGUACAUUAUGUGGGCUUUUUGCGUAAUUCCGAUAGAAUUUAUACACCUCUGCCAUUGUAUCAUACUGCUGGCGGAGUUAUGGCCGUUGGGCAAGCUCUAUUAUUUGGGCAUACAACAGUGAUGAGAAAGAAAUUUUCAGCUAGCGCAUACUUUAGUGAUUGUCUUAAAUACAAGUGUACCGUUGCUCAAUAUAUAGGCGAAAUGUGUCGAUAUGUCCUGGCAGUAUCACCUAAGAAAGAGAACCAGGAGCAUAAUGUUAGAAUGAUUUUUGGUAAUGGACUAAGGCCACAGAUAUGGGAAGAAUUUGUAAAACGGUUUAAUAUUCUCAAAGUACUUGAAUUUUAUGGCGCUACCGAAGGCAACAGUAACAUCAUGAACGUUGAUAAUAAAACAGGUGCAGUAGGUUUUAUUUCAAGAAUUAUCCCUUCGGUUUAUCCAAUAUCUAUUAUCAAAGUAAAUGAAGAUGGCGAGCCUAUACGCAAUUCUAAAGGGCUGUGUCAAGUUUGUGAACCAAAUGAACCUGGUGUAUUUAUUGGAAAAAUUCUACCAAACAAUCCGACCAGGGCAUUUUUAGGAUAUGUGGAUGAAAAAGCAUCUGAGAAAAAAGUGAUUCGCGAUAUUUUCAAAAAAGGAGAUUCUGCCUUUUUAUCAGGAGACAUCCUUGUGGCUGACGAAUUAGGAUAUUUAUAUUUCAAAGACAGAACUGGUGAUACAUUUAGAUGGAAAGGAGAAAAUGUAUCCACUUCAGAAGUUGAAGCAAUAAUUAGCAAUCUCAUCAACUAUCGAGAUUGCAUAGUAUAUGGCGUUGAGGUUCGAGGUAUGGAAGGUAAAGCAGGAAUGGCUGCAAUUUACGAUGAAAAUGGAUCAUUGGACGUAAAUAAAUUAACCGUCGACAUUAAGGAACAAUUACCUACCUAUGCUAGGCCACAAUUUCUCAGGAUUCUGACAAAAAUUGAUCUCACAGGAACAUUUAAAUUGAAGAAAAAGGAUCUCCAAGAAGAAGGAUACAACGCGGAAAAAAUACAAGACAAGCUAUAUUAUUUAGACGCGAAGAGUGGUUACCAAUUAUUAACACAAGAGAUUUAUGAUCAAAUUCAACAAGGCAAAAUCAAAUUUUAAGUAUGUCAGCCAGAAGAAUAUAAAUUAUGUUAUAAUAUUUAAUAUUUUUUAGAAUAUUUUACCAUCACAUACAUAUGUAUAUAAAAUUGUUAUUAUACACGAAUCUCAGAAACUCUUGGUUUUUUCAAACAGUAAAAUAAUUGCAAUAUAUUUAUCGAUAUAUUGAUAACUGUUAUUGGAUUAUGUUCAUACUGAUAAUGAGUUUAUAUUUUAUAUACAGAAUAUAUAUAUGUGUGUGUGUGUGUGUGUGUGUGUGUGUGUGUGUGUGCACGGCAUACACACACACACAAAGUACAAUGACAAUGUCAACAAAUGCAUAUAAAACAAAUAAUGAGUAACAGUUCAAAUUUGGAUGGAACUAAAUAAUUAAAAUUGUGCAGAUUAUUUGUAAAUAUGUAAAUAAUGCU